ACUUGCGCCGGAACAUCCGUUGUCUAUUGAGCACUCCAGCAAUUCAAGCGUGUUACAACACCUUCAACCAGGGGGUCAACCAAGUGGUCAACCUACAGACGCAGAACCGUGCCCCACGGGAGACCCUGCAAACUUUAGCCUGCAAUGUGUCGGUGGCCAGAUACCAGUGUGAGACUGACAUCUAUUCUCGCUGUGAUGCCAGGACUGGCCAGAUCAUGCAGGACUUUUUCUUUGCUGCUGUACCAGGGGACUGUCGACGAGCUACAGGGGUCAGGUCCCGGUACGUGGACAUUUUCAACGCAGGUAGUGUUAGUGGUGGGAAAACCAGCUCAAUCGUCAACUUCAUGAUACUGACUAUCUUGGCAUUCGUGUGGAAGAUAUGA